CAUCCCCCUCCCGCCGGGGCGGAUCCAAGAUGGCGCAGGCUCUCUCCGAGGAGGAGUUCCAGCGGAUGCAGGCUCAGCUGCUGGAACUGAGGACUCAAAACUACCAGCUCUCAGACCAAGUACGGAAGCAGAGUGCAGAGCUGAGCUCACUGCGGCAGAAGUCCAGCACCGUGGAACGGGAUCUGGCGAAGGCACAGAAGGCUAUCACUAAAAGCAAGAAAGCCCAGGAAGUGGAUGCCCUGCUGAACGAGAACGAGAUGCUGCAAGGCAAACUGCACAGCCAAGAGGAUGACUUUCGCCUGCAGAACACCACCCUCAUGCAGGAACUGUCCAAGGUGGGUG